CAAAGAUAGCGGAUGAGAGUCUGCUCUCUUUGCAUUUCCCCCUUUCUUCUCUCUAUCCCAAACUCUCGAGAGGGGGAGAGAGAGUAACCAUGGGGCCACCCAAACGCGAUCCAGAUCUUCCCUCCGAUCUCCGCCGUAGAUUCUCCCUCUCCUUCUGCCCCGCGGUCCAUUCCCAUCCUCGGUCGGCCCAGGCAUCGGACGCCUUCCUCAUCCCCCUCCGUUUCACCAACAUCUUCUUCUGUCUUCUCUUCUCCGUCGCCGUCGCUUUCCUCCUUGGGCGGUGGCGCGAGAAGAACCGCACGUCGACCCCUCUGCACAUCCUCACCUCCGGCGAAAUCCUCUCAACAGUCGGUCUCGUCGCAUCAAUCGUCUAUCUCGUGGGCUUCUUCGGCAUUAUCAUCGUCCAGAACUUCAUCGGCCGCACGCCCGACGACGAUGACGUCGUCGCGAACUUCAUGCCCCCGAAGCCUCUGCCGCCGGCAACGACAACAUCACCGCCUCUCCCUCCCAAACCCCAGCAUCACAUCCCUGCCGAUGACGCUGACAUUGUCACCGCCGUCGUCUCUGGUGCGAUCCCCUCGUAUUCCCUUGAGUCGAGGCUCGGGGAUUGCAAGCGGGCCGCUGUGGUACGGCGCUGCGCGCUCGAGCAGAUGUCUGGGCGGUCGCUGGACGGGCUGCCGGUCGACGGGUUUGACUACGAGUCGAUCCUAGGGCAGUGCUGCGAGAUGCCGGUUGGGUAUGUGCAGAUCCCGGUGGGGAUCGCUGGGCCGCUGUUGCUUGAUGGGAGGGAGUUCUCUGUGCCAAUGGCGACUACGGAGGGUUGCCUGGUGGCGAGCACGAAUAGGGGGUGUAAGGCGAUUUAUAUGUCGGGAGGGGCAACGAGCGUGCUGACAAAGGAUGGGAUGACAAGGGCUCCUGUGGUGAGGUUCGCGACCGCAAAGAGGGCCUCUGAGUUGAAGUUCUUCUUGGAGGAUCCAGUCAAUUUUGACACGCUGGCCGUCAUCUUCAACAGGUCUAGCAGAUUCGCCAGACUUCAAUGGAUUCAAUGCUCAAUGGCAGGGAAGAAUCUCUACAUGAGAUUCACGUGUAGCACUGGAGAUGCGAUGGGGAUGAACAUGGUAUCCAAAGGCGUGCAAAAUGUCUUGGAUUUCUUGCAGGCUGAUUUCCCGGACAUGGAUGUGAUCAGCAUCUCGGGCAACUUCUGUUCAGACAAGAAACCAGCCGCUGUCAAUUGGAUCGAAGGGCGUGGAAAAUCGGUUGUUUGUGAGGCGAUCAUCAACGAGGAGGUGGUGAGGAGUGUCCUGAAGACCAGUGUCUCUGCACUUGUGGAGCUGAACGUGCUCAAGAACCUCGCUGGAUCAGCUGUGGCUGGAUCCCUGGGGGGUUACAAUGCGCAUGCCAGCAACAUUGUCUCUGCAAUCUUCCUCGCCACUGGCCAGGAUCCCGCGCAGAAUGUUGAGAGCUCUCACUGCAUCACCAUGAUGGAAGCUGUUCAUGGUGGAAAAGAUCUCCAUGUUUCUGUAACCAUGCCUUCCAUUGAGGUGGGUACUGUUGGAGGUGGGACCCAACUAGCUUCUCAGUCAGCUUGCCUAAAUCUACUUGGUGUGAAGGGUGCAAGCAUGGAAACACCAGGAGCCAAUUCCAGGCUCUUGGCCACCAUCAUUGCCGGUUCCGUACUAGCUGGAGAGCUCUCCCUCAUGUCUGCUCUUGCAGCAGGCCAGCUUGUUAAGAGCCACAUGAAAUACAACAGAUCAAGCAAGGAUGUAACCCAAGCUGCCUGCUGAGGAGACAAUCCGUCUGGAGAAGGAAUCAUCCAAGGAAAAAGAAGAAAAUUAUUGAAGGAGCCCCUAAAACAACCAAUUUCAAGAGAAACCAUGUGGGCCUUUCUCCUCCCAGUGGCAGAGCCUUGCCUUCUCAGUGAAGGAGGGUAAGACAAGGUUGUUGAUGUCUGUAUCUUUAUUUGCCACUUGGCAGAUGCAGAGCCUCUCCUCUCUCAUUCGAGGCCAGUCUUCGUCUUGUUGUCCCUUGUUUCCAUGUGAGUAUUAAUCCCCCUCCCUUUUUUUUAAACCUUUCUUUUUCUGUUUUCCUAUGUUGGUUAGAUGUUUAGUUAGGAAGAAAACCAGUCAAUGGAUUUCUCAGCUUUUCAAAAAGGUUUUGGUGGCUGUUCUGUUAUCAUCUUGUACAUGACCACUUUCAGGCAUUCGGUUGUUCACCUU